AUGAGAAAACAGGAUGCCACUUGUCAUGUUGUAGAAGAAGGGCUCAUGUUCUCAGCCGGAGAUAACUCUCGUGUUGUGGCAGUAGCUUAUGUGAAAAAGAAUAUGUUUGAGAACUACAGAAGAUCCAAUACUGUUUUCGUACCGUUUGCAAUCGAUCUCGCAGCACUAGUCAAUUGCCUGAGUAUUGUCAGUUUAGCCACAGGCGUAUUAUCAGACACUUGUAGCCUGUUUUAUGAUGGAAAUGGAGGUCCAUUUGAAAUUAUGCGAGAGGAUAUAAAUGCACACGUUGUUACAAAGUGCAAGGUCAAUACAUACGAUAUCGAUGGAAACAAUGCGACCAUUGAAAUGAGAGAUGACUUUAUGGAAUCAUUUCAAGUCAUUAUGAAGGCUUCUGCUCUUGUUAAUGUGUUUUAUGAGAUUGACAGUACCUGCGAGCGUGUUACAAUGUCAUUUUCUCCUGUUGACAACUCCUUUAGGCUGACCGGAAAAGGAACCAAAGGUUCUUGGGAGGUGCGUUGA